CACACCCAAACACACAACAACAAAAAUUUUUUCAAAAAAAAAAAUCUAGCAAGCUCUCAUCUUUUCUCUUAGGUGUUUUAAAAGUCUUCAACCCACUAAAAGAUCUCUGCUUUUACCCCAGUAUCUUGAAAACUUGAUUGAUGAACGAUUGUAGGAACCCGACUCUCGAUUGGAUCGUGUGUGCUAGUUGUGUUUAUUGUUCUUGUUUUCGAAUUAUAAAGUAGGCCAGGAUCAAAAUCCUGAUAUAGGUAAGUGAAAAUUUGAAAAAAUGGGUUACAAUUGUGAUUAUUGUGGUGAGGCAAGAUCAAUGGUGUAUUGUCGAUCUGAUGCAGCCUAUUUGUGCUUAUCAUGUGAUCGAAAUGUUCAUUCUGCGAAUCCGCUGUCAAAACGCCACAUGAGAACACUCGUAUGUGAUAAUUGUAAUUCACAACCUGCGGUCGUUAGAUGUGUGGAUGAAAAAGCGUCACUUUGUCAGAAUUGUGAUUGGGUAGGUCACAAUGAAGCAAAUAUGGAUGCAAGUACACAUAGUCGACAAACAUUGAAUUGUUAUUCAGGCUGCCCUUCGGCCAAUGAACUUUCUUCUAUUUGGUCCUUUAUGUCUGAAUCUUGUGAACAAGAAAUGGGUUCAAUGAGCAUUGCUGAUGACACCCAAGAACUUUCUGAAAACAACAAAAAUCAAGAUUCAUCAGUGAACCUCGAGAUAUCAUAUUCACGGACAAAAGAUCCUGAACAAGUUGCUGAUGAUGGGCUGUAUGAUGACUUCACCAUGGAUGAAGUUGACAUGAAUAUUGAGAACUAUGAAGAAAUGUUUGGUGUUGGCCAUAACGACCCAAAACAACUUUUUGCAAAAGAUGGGAUUGAUAGCUUGUUUGGCAUGAAAGGCACCACAAAGGAGUCAACAAAUACAUUACAGCCAGAGUGUAGUAAUGCGGCCUCAGUGGAUUCACUAGUGAGCUGCAAAACCGAACCGAAUCCUUGCUAUGCACGGCAACAGUCUAAUCUUUCGUUUUCAAAUCUAACCGGUGAGAGCAGUGGUGGUGAAUAUCAGGACUGUGGAGCUUCUUCUGUGAUUCCAAUGGGCGAGCCGCCUUGGGGCACCCCUACUCACGGAAGCACCACUAUCAGAAGUGAUGCUGUUCUUCGUUACAAGGAGAAAAAGAAGAUGCGAAAAUUUGAUAAGAGAGUAAGGUAUGCAACCCGAAAGGCGAGAGCUGAUGUGAGAAAACGUGUGAAAGGACGCUUUAUCAAGGCAGGUGAUGCUUAUGAUUAUGAUCCCAUGAAUGAAACAAGAAGCUUCUGAGAGCAUAUAAACAUAUUUUUCUCAGGGUUUUAGAAACAAAAAUGCUAAAUCCUCCUAACUCAUCGUCCAACAUAUCAUUCUGAUAUAAAAGAUGAAGAAAUUCAGUUGACAUCGUCUAUUUAUUAGAAGAAUAAGUAGGAAGACAGGUUAAGAGGAUUUAGUAUUGUAGCAAUGGUCAGUUAUUGUUGUUGUGUUUGUGAAUUGUGAUUGGGGGAUUGUACAUAAUGAAGAUCUCUGUAAAUUACAGUUGAAUCUAGAGCUGAUGAGUCUGACAAUUUUUAUAGUUCAUCUAUGGAUGGCCUUUUCUGUUUUGUAGUA